GCCCGCGCCGCCGGGCGGGGGAGGAGCCGCCGCCAAGCCAGGCCGUUCCCCGCCGCCGCUCCUGCACCCGAGGAGAGCGGCGAGGGGGCGGAGGCGCGGCUACCUUCACCUCAGCUUGGCGGAGCGCCGGCGGGGGACGGGCAGACCCUCCCCGCCCAGGAGGAACAUGCCCACUUACCCGCCGAGCCUCCGGCGACGACUUGUCCUACAGUGUUAACACAGACAAGGAUAUUCAUUUUGAAUCAGAAAUCCUUCACGUUAUCUUCAAAGCGAUUGUGAAUUCUGUGUGUGAUCUUGAGCAUCUUGAAAUAGAACUAGGAGGCUAAAUUUGCUGGCACCUCUUCAAAAGAGAAAGAAAAGAAAGGAAAUACUUAUGCAAAUCAGCACUCCAUAUAUGAAGAGUUAAGAUCAUAUCAUCUGUUGUUUAAGCUAAUCCAAAAGUAAAUGAGGAACUUAGGAAAAGAUUGCCAACUCCAAAUCAACACAGUUACACAGAAUUGAAAAAGAAGCAUACAGCUUCAUUUGAGGGGUUCUUGCAAGGAACUCAGUGUUCUGCGAUAUGAGCUCUGAAAUCUUCAAGCAAAAACUGGACUCAAUGCCAGAUCAAACAAGUUCAGAAGAAGAAAUGGAGAACUGGUCUAAAGAAACACGCAUCCUGGAACUGAAGAAAGAAGACUUUUGUGUUGAGUUUCAGCUUCAUCAGAAUUCUCAAAAAACCCCAGAAUUUUUCAUCCCAGCUGAAGCUGAAGCAUGGAAACUUUCAGAUUUGCCAGUAACCGGUCAAAGAGGAGCAGCCCCAAAUGAUUGUAAUUCCAGUCCUGAAGAAUCAAGCACCAUAGAAAGAAAGGCUAAUAGGAUACUCCCUGAAUUUGUAUCCUCAUGGAAGGAUGCUGCAGAUUUAGGUGGAAAAACAGAAACUGCAUUCCUUUUAAAAGAAUUGGACACUCUGAGGGCCAAAAAUAAGAAGCUUCAAGAUAAGCUGUCUGAAAAGGACAAGGAGCUGAAGACAAUAAAACUGGACUUAGAGCUGCAAGAGAGAGCUACAGAAGCUAAGAUUGCAGAAAAGAUUGCAGCUCUGGUGGAAGAAGUUUAUUCUGCUCAACGGGAACGUGACGAGGCUGUCAUGGCAAGGCUUAGGUUAGCCAAUGAAGAGAGAGAUGAAGCAUUUCUACGAGUCCAGCGUUUAGAAGAGUCUCUCAAAGAGCUAGAAAAUAUUAACCCUGAAGAAAAUGACAUGACAUUACAGGAAUUACUGAACAGAAUAAACAAUGCAGACACAGGGAUAGAUAUACUGAAGAAUGGAGCUAUAAUUCUGAAUCGAAUACACAGGACCAAAGAACGUAGAAAGAAAAUAAUAGCUGAGGAAAUGAAUGCAGUACUAGAACAACGGGAUGCUGCUUUGUCUCAAUGCAAACGGCUGGAGCAGGAGCUUCAUCAUCUGAAAGAGCAGAACCAGACUUCAGCAAACAACACGAGACAUCUGACUGCUGAAAACAAUCAAGAACGUGCUCUGAAGGCAGAAUUGAUAGCCUUGCAACAAGAAAAAGAGGCUGCUCUUCAACAGUGCAAAAAAUUAGAAGAAGAAAUCCAGACAUUGCGUGUUUAUUACAGCUUAUACAAAUCUUUGUCUGAAGGAAUGAGUCUGAAGGACGAGCUUAACCAUACUUCUGAAGGAGAACUGCAAGGCAGGGAGGGUGUUGUGACCCUUACCUAUCGCCAGAUUGAAGAUCUGGCAGCUCAGCUGCAGCAAGCUCGGUCAGAGCAAAAGGACACGGAGCUGAAGCUCCAGAAAGCCCUGGAGGCUUCACAGGAGGCCAAUGAAAAAGUUCAGAAGUUGGAAAGGCUGGUGGACGUCCUGAGGAAGAAGGUUGGAGCAGGGACCAUUAGGACCGUGAUCUGAUUGAAAGCUCUAGUCUAAGGAAGCAUUCACAUCUGGUGACCAGGCUGCUUCAUUCAGCACUGUGUAAACACUAAAGCCUUAACUUAGCAAACAGUUGUUAGAAGUGGGACACUCCAGCAACAUUCCAAGCUGAGAUAAAAUCAAAUCAUAAAUGUUUAACUACUUUGCUGCUGAGUUCUGUGAUUUGUUGAAAUGUUUCACUGGAAACAUAUAUUUGUUUUUAAGCAGAUGCAUUGUGGCACUGUGUACUGUGAAAAAUGAUGUAGAUGCUUAUUUUAACAGUCUGUCCUCUCGGUGUUACUAGACUAUAGUCUGCUGCAAGGCACAGCUUGAUCAUGUUUUCAAAUACUGCAGGCUUCAGGUGCAGAAUCCUGCAAAGCAGUUUCAAAAUUUAAAUCCCUUAUGUUAUUUUGUGACACUGCAAACAGUCCAGUAUUUGUAUGUUAAAUAUAUUAAUCGAUAAAGUAGGUUCACGUUCAAGAAAUACCUCUAGCUAGUGUAUUGGAGAUUUUUUCCUCUUUACUCAUAGCCCAUUGAAUUGCAGGUAGUGACUGUGGCUACGUCUAAAGGAAGGAUACAUAAACAGCUUUCUACAAUGGUUGAAUAGCUACUGCUAGUACAUGGCAUUUUCAGCGUACGUUAAAAAGAAAUGUACAGUUAGGUUUCACUGGAGGUACAGCUUCAUAAAUUGCAACAUGAAAGCCUUGUGACAUUGUACCGUAUCUCAGACAGUGGGGAAGGUUUCCUGUAUUGUUUUUAGUCACUCCUCUGUCCUUUCCUAUGAGGGAAAAUCUCUCAAAUAUUCAGAAACCACCUUAUAGAGUCAAAAUGCACAUUUUCAGUGUAAGGUGGUUCCCUCACCCUUUUCCUGCAAGACUUUUUGCCUGCUUCUUCUAGACCUCUUGUAGACUGUACUGCUUUGCAGUGCGGCAGUACCGUCUAGGUUGGGUUUGAGGCCAGACUGCCAAGCCUCUGCUUUGUGUACUCCUGAAGUGCCCUGGGACUGAACUCAGAGGCUGAAAGAUAGACUCCUACAGAGAGGGCAGAAAUUGAGGGGUGAGGAGGAAAAUUUGGGGCACACAGCCGUUAUAGACCUUACAGAUACAGGAGAGUUGGACCUAGAGUUGUAUUUGUGACCCAAACAUCUCCCUGUAUUCGGUAUGUCUUUGUCACAUGACUAAAGGUGAGCAGAAGGGUCAGGUCAGUGCUCGUAUAAACCUGCUCAAGAAGGCACCUGUAAUCUCUAAGCAGCCCAAAUUCAUUAAUGAAUCUCAGGAGCACAGUGGGCUUUAAGCCCACUCCCAGGACCAGCCAGCUCAGGCAGGGUGGAUGUAGCUCCUAAGGCUUCCAUUUGCCUACUCUGCUUUGUGUUUAAUGUUGUUAGGCUGUCUUGCCUCUUAAUGUUUGCUUGUACAGAUGUCAUGAUAGGGCAGUCUAGCUUAAGAAAAUGAAAUUUUCAUUUUGGAUAGGGGAGACAUUUCGAUGCCUGUUUUUCCUUUCAAGCACUUCCAUGUUCAACCUUCAUCAUCUGCAGACCUAAGCUCCUCCUAGUUUCAGUUGCCCAAACCUAACCCCUUGCAGGGAGACAAGUAGCAUUCCUCCAAGCCAAAUUUACCCAAGUCACUUCUAGAAACUUCUGAAGUGCUACUUUUUGACCUUUGGUCAAUCCUAAGAUAGCCAGUGAGUCCGGAGUCUCUCCCCCACACCUAUUCAGUGGGAAGAAACUUUACUGCUUCCAGACCAGAGGACUGUCACCCCCCAGCUCCCAGCCCCUUCACCAUCUCCAGUGUGCUGCUGUGCAGCGCUUGGGCGACUCAACUGCUCUUCUUCCUGCUCUCCUCAUUGAGCUUUAGUGCACUAAGUGAGAGACAAGAUCUCCUGAGCUGUCAGUGCUGUUGAGCCAUUUCUGCUCUAAUGAAGUGGUGAGGAAGGAAUAAAGAUGAGAACGUAAGGACUACCAUACUGUGCUAGACCAAAGGUCCAACUAGCCCAAAGGCUGCCUUUCUCAAUAACCAGUAGAAGACACCUAGGAAAGGGUAUAAAGUCGGGCCAGCACGAGUGACCUUUCUCCUAAAUGGUGUCCCAGCAAUUUGUUAUUUAGGGGCUUUCUGAGCCAGAGGUGGUGUCUUUAUAUUUAGCAGCAUUUUUUCAUGACCUGUUUUUGAAUCCAUUUAAACUUUUAGUAUCUACUUGUUCCUGUCACGAGGACUUAUGCGGUUAAUGAUGCAUUGCGUGAAGAAAUAUUUCCUUUUCUUUGUUAUGAACCAGUCUAUUCAUUUGCUGUCACCUAGUUUUUGUAUUAGAGAAACAGCGAACAACCAUUCUCUGUUCAUAUUGUUUCCAUGUCCCUUGUAAUUUUACAUAUUUGGCAUCCUUCCCCCACCAUCUCUUUUCCAGAAAGACCCCUAGUCUCUUGUAAAGAAGCUGUCUCGUGUUUUUAAUUGGUCUUGUCAUGCUAAUC